GACGUUGUGUUUGGCAGGAGCGAUCGUGCUAGCACGUGACAUCAAGUCUAAAUUUCAGCCUUGCGCCAACAAACACCUUGAAGGAAUUUGAGCUUCACCUUCCCCAUCAGAUCGUCACGACCACAACACCACGUCCUCCACCACGUAAUCAUCACUCACGCCGAUUCACACCACCUCACCUGUGUCACGCAUCUCAAACCAUCCACCGCUUCACCAAACUUCGCCUUGCGCGGUCCAUUUGCCACUGCACCUACCCAGGCGCAAGAGGUACGUCUAACCACCACACAAAGGUCUACAGACACAGUCAUUCAUCAUGUCCUACCCGCCUCCUCCAGGCCUUAGCUCCUACUCCAAAUCAACCUCUCAACCAUCUUCUCUCCCCGCGCGCCCUCCCCCCUCCGCCGUCCCCGCCGCAGCAUUCAAACCGAACUACGCCAACCCGCCCUCCAACUAUGCCGCCGCGCCCUACCAAUCCCAGGGCUUCGUGCCCCGCGGCGUCCAGCCGCCCGCCAUGAGCGCGCCAGCGUACGGCGCACAGCCAUCAUACAAUUCCUCAUACCAGUCCAGCAACUACGGCGGGCAACAGGGCUACCAAGCUGAACAACAACAAGACGCAUACGGCACGCCGCAAAUCAGAAACCCCUUCCCUCUCCCCGGCCAGCCCGGCGCAGCAGGCCACUACGACGCCGCAGCCGACCCAGAGAUGGAAGCGCAGAUCGCACAAUGGCAGUCCGCAUACUCGAAAGACAACAGCGCCUCCACGCAGCCCACAGGGCGUCCGACAUACGCCACAAACCCCAGCGCAGGAGGCGGCACCAGCGGCGCCGCGACGAGUGCGAAUGCCGCGCCGCUGGGCGGGCGCGAGGUUAGUUCCGCGGUCAACGCCGACACGGGCGUAGCGACUGUGGUGGGUGGGAAAGACGGGAAACAAGCUACGGUUGUGCGCUCGGGUGGUGGUACGCAGUGGACGGAUUCCUCGCUACUCGAGUGGGACCCCGCGCACUUCCGGAUCUUCGUCGGCAACCUCGCCGGCGAGGUGACGGAUGAGAGUCUCCUGAAAGCCUUCGCGAGGUGGCCAUCCGUGCAGAAGGCGCGCGUGGUGCGCGACAAGCGGACGACGAAGAGUAAGGGGUUUGGGUUUGUGAGUUUUGCGGACGGGGAUGAUUUUUUUCAGGCCGCGAGGGAGAUGCAGGGAAAGUAUAUUGGGAGUCAUCCUGUGCUGAUUAAGAGGAGCACGACGGAGAUCAAGGCGGUGGUGCCGAGGGAUAAUAAGAGGGGGAGGGGGGGGAGGAAUAAUAGGGAUAAGGAUAGGGGGAAGGGGGGGCAGGGGGUGAAGGAGGGGGGGGUGCAGAAGGCGGGGCAGAAGACGAAGGGGGGGUUGAAGAUUCUGGGGUAG